AUGUCCGAAGACGAUCGUGCAGCCAAAGCAGCCAGGGCGAAGGCUCUGUUGGCGAAGAAACGGCAGCAGAAGAAGGCGGCAGACGCUGGUAGCACAGCACCGACGCAGAGCUCGGCGACCGCGUCCCCAAUCGUCCCUGCACGGACACUGACUCCAGCUCCUAGCGAGCGGUCGAUUGCUCAAGAUACCAGCAGGAAGGACGACAUCUCGGCGGUGUUUGGCCCGGAUGCUGGCGACUCGUCGUGGAUUUCUUCGUUGCCUCGGGCGAGCACCCCGCCAUCUCGUGUAAACUCGUCCUCGCCUCAAGUAUCGUCCAAACCACCGACACCGGCGCCCUCGCAACCUGGACCCAACGAGAGGAAGCCUGCUUCACCAAGCACCCGUGAGAUCGAGCUUGACGAGAAGCUGCGGUCGCUCGAGUCUAUUCUACAAGCAGAUGUGAAGCGCUUGCAGGACCUCUUGACUGCUUCACAGAAGACGGAGGAGGUAUUGAAGAAGGAACAGGCUCGCGUCAGGGACUUGGAGAAAGCUUCCAAACAGUCGGAAUCAUCGCUCAAAGAUGAGCAAGAUCGAGUCAAGGAUUGGGAGAAACGAUACGCAGACCUUGAAGCAGAGAAAGAUCGCCAACUCCAAGCCGAACGCCAGACCAUUGAAUUCCUAGUGUCGGAGAAGGCCUCGCUAACAACAGAGCUGCAGAAACGCGAGGACUUCGAAUCCAAGUGGCAAAACGCGGAAGAGGAGCUGCAAGCCGAGCGGACCAAGUCACAGCAACUUGAACAACAGCUUCGGACAGUCCAAGUUGAAGUUGGCGAGACCACACAGCGGAUAUCAGAAUACCAGAUCAAGGAGAAGGACUUGCAGGAGAAAACCCGGGAAUUAGAGAGACAGCUACAGCGCGUCACGACAGCGGCCAAUGAGUCUAGGAAAGAGGCCGAAGAGACAGGUCGUCGUUUGCAAGAGCUUACCGAGCAAGUUCAAAACGACGAUCGCGUCGAACGACUGGAGAAAUCCCUGAAACACUCUCAGGACCGAGCUGACGAGCUCGAAUUCCAAUUGUCCAAGAUCAAACAGGCGCAUGCUACCCUGAAAUCCGAGAAAGAGGCUCUCGAGUCUAGAACCCAAGAGCUCUCUCAGCACGAAGACGAAUGGAAAGCGAAGAUAUCGGACUUGGAAGCGAAGCUGCCUGACCUUCAGACGCGCAUCGAUCAACUAUCAUCGGAACGGGACACUGCUGCGCAAGACGCUGCCAAUCUGCGAGUCCAGCUCGAUGAUAGCCACAAGACCGUCUCGGAUUUGCAAGAGAAGCUUGCUCAGGCCGCAUCCUCUGUCACAGCUCAAACGCGACAGAUCCAAUCAUUGCAGAAUGAACUCAAAGGUGCCAACCGUCGAGCGGAGGAGUCUGAAAAGGCGACACGCAGCCUCCAACAAGAAGGCACCAACUUGAUGCGUUCACUGGAUGAAAUGCGCCCGAAGAUCGUGGAAUUGACGGAUGCAAAGUUGAAUCUGGCGGAACAGGUCGAGGGUCUGCAACGUGCCUUGAAGGAGCGUGAUGUGGUCAUAGAGAAGCUGGAAGCGUCCGUUGACCAGCUCGAGUCUGACAAAGCGGAGACUGAUAAAAAAUGGCAAGAAACUCUCGCAUCGAAGGAACAGGAAUCUGGCUCGGCACAAACCGACUUCGCGGAGUUGCAAAAAGGGUAUAACCAACUUCAAGAGGAGUUAGAGGCUGCCUUGGCGAGCAUCAAGACGCUUGAGGCUCAGCGGUCGAGUCACCACCAGGACGCGUCUCGCAAACUGGAAGAAAUCGAUCGACUCAGUUCGUCUGUCCAGGCCCAGUCAGAAGAAUUAGCCGACCUGCGACAUGAACUGGACGCACGCCGGAAGGCUCAGGAUGAGGAGCAGGAAAUAUUAGAGCGUGCACAGAACGAGUUGGAGAGCCUGCGGACUGAGCUCAGUUCCAAGGAUGAAGAGCUUGAACGUCUGCGCGAGGCAGUCCAAUCGCCAACGACGGAUGGGCCCCGUUCACUCGAUGAAGAGAUGCUCAGUUCCCUUCGUCAACAACACGCCCUUGAGAUCUCGGCUGCCCAUUCGCAAAUACGUGCACUCGAGGAGAACGUAUUCGCAGAGCAAGCAAAGGCCCACGAGCUACAGAAGCAGAUCACCGCACUCCAGGACCAAGUCACGCGACUUUCCGGUACUUCGCGACCACAACCACCCAGGUCGUUUUCGCCUAUUCCUUCACGGCCGUCAAGUCGUGCAAAGGAUCACGAUCUGCGUCGUGCUUCGCUUGGGGCCGCAGCAACAGCUCACCGCGGUACAAACGCCCCACCUCCCUCAGCGCUCUCGCGAACUGUGUUCGAUCAAACGCUCUCUCCAGAGACACUACACAAGAGGAAGGUCAGCCUGAGCAUGCUGAAAGCCCGUAUCGAUAGCGAGACGGCAGCCAGUGCUGCGUCACACCCUCCUUCCAGAACCCUGUCACCAGUCCAUUCUCUUUCUGGAAAAGAGGAACCCCACCACUAUGGCCAUGCUCACUCGCUCGCCGCUUCACACCGGCCUCAGUUCCUAGAUGAAUCACACGUGUUCUGGUGUAGCUCUUGCACAGGAGACCUUGUCAUUCUGUAG